AUGGAUGCCGCUCACGCCAUUACUGGAGGCAUGGGUGCACAUUUUAUCCUAAAUGAUGAACUGCAUGGAGCUGUACGAUCAAAUGCAUGCCAUAUAACUAUUGAGUUAUUUUUUUUAGUUCAUUUUCAGAGGGAAUCUGCACUCAAGAAGAAACAUGAAGAGCUUCGCAAAAGUGUUCAUGGAAGUCCCAAUAAUUCUUCUGUUGGUCAUAGUGAAGUUUCAGGUUCACAAGAAAGUCUACUCCGAAGUGGAUUACUAAUCAAUGAAGCCAGACAAGUGUAUGUCCCCUUAAUUAUCCCCAAGGAUGCUAAAUUUGAUACCGAUAACAGAAACAAAAGUUCGAUUCUGAACCCAGGACUAUCAGGGAAAGCACAUAGCAAUGUAAAGAACAUGAUAAGUGCAUUUGAGGGUAGUCUAAAUCAGGAUGCCAGGCCUUCUAUUAAACCACCGCCAAAAGUAUAUCCGACUAGAAAGAUCAGAGCCGAUUCUUCUCUAGCAAAUUCAUCAUCUAAAGGAACUGAGCAUUUGAAGGAGUCAACUGCUGCAUGUAUUCAAACAGAAAGAAAAUUUUCAGAUUUGAAGGACAGAUUUAAAGUUAAAGGAAGUGGAGAAGAAAAUUUCAAGAGAGCAUCAACGACGGAUAAUGGACUUGUUAUAUUUGUAAUCUUCUGA